AUGAGUGGCGAAAAAAGACCCGAAUUGACCGACGAGCACAUCGCGACCACGAUACCCCGAACCCCCGAAGAAGCCGCUAUCGCCGCGCAGCUGGCCCGUUCAGAAAUUGAUUACGACCAACCCGCUCUGGAGGCCCUGGUGCCGCCGCGCGAGAAAGCCUCGUCAGCUAGAAAGAUCGCAGAGUUCUACGGACGUCGUACCACGGGCCCGGCCUUCCAAUUCCGACCUAUGGCCGAUAAGGGUAUUAACGCCUUCUUAGAUUAUGACGGACCCUGCUUACGAGACGACUUCGCUCGACUGGUGAAGGCUAACGAGGAAGCUGUCUACCACGAGUUCAAGUUCCGGGCUAUCCUGAUGGCGGCCUUGAGAGUCCCGAGCUCUGAUCUAUUGAUCGUCGCUAGCCGACUGAACGCCAACCAAUAGAUAAUAUUUGAGUGGUCCGAAGCGUUUCGCCAGACUAUCGAAGACUAGGAGAAAGAGUAUACGAAGAGCUUGGUCGACGCUAACGCCCGCGUUACGACCUUAGAACAGGACGUCCAAGACAAGACUAGCGACCUAUUCGAUCUCCAGCGAAUCGUUUUAGAAUAAGCUAUUCUAUCUUCAUAAUUGCCAACCCCAGCAUUCUGUGGAGCCCGUGCUCCCUUACAGACAGACGACCCUAACAGUCGAGUGGUUUGUAAUAAU